UAGUGAAAGUUUAACUUUAAAUAACACAAUCUUAAUCUUGUGUACAAAUUUUCACUCUUAGAUGAACAAAGAGAAGUCUCACAAACUUACACAUCGAUAUAUAUGUAGUGUAGCGAAAGUCAUUUUUAAUCAUAGGUUUAUCUUUUAACCUUAAUCUCACACCCUUACACUUAAUCAACUAAUCUCUGAAACUCUCCUAUCGCUUUACCCCUAACAUCAUCUUUCAUUUAAAAACAUUUUCUUAAUUUAAUAAAAAGAACUAAACAAAUCAGAAGUAGCUACCAAAAACAUCCAGCCGUCUCAAAUAACUCUCCCCAUUAAACUAACCAAACAAAUCGUUGCUUUCACAACCUUUUUGGUUGAAUUUUUCCAACUUUGUGAUGCAACGAUCAGACCUGCUCAUAAUAUUAAUCAUUGAACCCUUAAUUCUAAAGAAAAAAAAAAAAAAAACAAGUUCUAUGAUUGAUUCAACACAGAACCCACCACCAAAGUUUUUCCUUUCAGAUUCUCAGAGCUUCAACCAAGCAAAUCAAUGGCAAUGGCAAUGGCAACUUCCUUUCACUUACAAUUUACACUUAUUCUUUGCUUUGUAGCCAUUCAUGGCGGAGCAGAGAUUACAGAUUCCUCUUCAUGUUCUAUCGAUUCUCCAUCUUCUUGUGAUACCUAUGUGUCCUAUUUUGCAAAAUCUCCACAGUUUUUGGAUCUUCUGAGCAUAUCCAAAUUGUUUGGUGUCAGUGCUUUGAAGAUUGCGAAAGCUAGCAACUUGGAAUCUGAGAAAGCUCCAUUGUUCGAUGGGCAGCUUCUGUUCGUGCCUGUAACUUGUAAUUGCUCUGGAAAUGGAAAUAAUAGCUUCUUCUUUGCUAAUAUCACCUAUAAAAUCAACAAGGGUGAUACUUUUUAUCUUGUCUCUACAUCUUUCUUUGAGAAUCUCUGCGAUUCUGAAAUGGUGGUAAAAAUGAACCCAUCUCUAUAUCCAAACAAUUUACCAGUGGGAGUUGAAGCUAUUUUUCCUCUGUUUUGUAAGUGUCCUUCUAAGAAAAACUUAAAACAGGGGAUUCAACAUUUUGUUACGUAUAUAUGGCAACCCACUGAUGAGGUUUCUGGGGUGAGAUCGAUUUUUAAUGUCUCGAAAGAUGUAGUUUUGGAAGAUAUGAAAGGUCUAAACUUGACCAAUUUUGUAGCUGGUAAGCCUGUGUUUAUUCCUGUUUCGAAACUUCCUCUGCUUUCUCAGUCUCCUCCUCAGAGGAAAAAGAUCAAACACCUUGUGGUCGUGAUUGGUGCUGCGGCUUUGGCUCUUAGUCUUCUCUUGGGAGCUUCCUUGAUGGCUUAUAUUUGCUUUAUUUACAAGAAAAAGAAGCUACCCAUGUGGGGAAAUUCCAUCAAAAUGAAGAUGAAACAGAAUGCGGAGCUUCUUCUUUCUCCUCCUGUGGUUUCAAACUACUUAGGAAGGCCAAUUUUAUACGAUUAUAAAGUGAUAAUGGAUGCAACAAUGAGUUUCAACGAAGGGUCUAAGAUUGGGAAAUCAGUAUACAGAGCGACAAUCAAUGGACAAAUCUCAGUGAUAAAAGAAGCUAAACCAGAUUCAAAAGAUGAGCUCAUGAUUUUACAGAAAGUCAAUCAUAUAAACUUAGUGAAAUUGGUGGGGUUUUCAUCAGAUGAUAAGGAGAAUUUUUACUUGGUUUAUGAAUUUGCUGAAAAUGGGUCAUUGGAUAAGUGGCUUUAUUCACCAUCUGAAGCUUCUUCAAGCCAUCUCACAUGGAUCCAGAGGCUGAACAUAGCAUUGGAUGUGGCUAAUGGGUUGCAAUAUAUGCAUGAUCACACUCAACCAAGCAUCGUCCACCAAGAUAUCAAAACCAGUUGCAUUCUUCUUGACUUGAGAUUCAGAGCAAAGAUUUCAAAUCUCGCUAAGGCAAGACCUGCUGUGAACUCUCUGUCCACGAAAGUCGAUGUUUUUGCUUUUGGGGUUGUGAUUUUGGAGCUGCUUUCAGGGAAAAAAGGUCUGAAGUGUACAGAAAAUGGUGAAGAAGAUGAUGUUAUGUUGUGUAAGGAGAUGAGGGAUGUUCUAGAUAAAGAAGAAGGAAGAGAAGAAAAGUUGAGAGAUUGGAUGGACCCAAAAUUAAAGGAUUGUUACCCAAUUGAAGGAGCUUUGAGCUUAGCAGUAAUGGCGAGGGCUUGUACACAAGAUGAACCUCUGUCAAGGCCAAGUAUGGCGGAAAUUGUCUUUAAUCUCUGUGUUCUUGCUGAAUCUUCCCCGCAAAAGGCAAAAAAAACAUGGGUUUCUCUCUUGGAAGCAGAUGAAAUCGGCCAUAGCCAUAGCCCCAUUCGAGCUCGUUGAUUGCAAUAACUCAAAUUGGAUCCUCAUAUUUUUUUUUUA